UAUUCUGUUCCGGUCAUGAGAAAUUAUAAUCAAUAGAAACUUCUCUUUACAACAUCAGUCAGAAACAAUCUUACGUUGAUUUUCAUUGCUUGAGUUUUCGUUUUUUCUUUUAUAGUUGUUAAUCCAAUCCAGUAAUCAUUAACAAGUAUGCCUGAAACAUGUCCAAAUACUGUUACAAAGAGGAGGUACUAACAAAAAAAUGGUGUGCAGUUGUUACUGGCGGAAACAAGGGUAUUGGAUUUGAGAUUUGUAAGCAAUUAUCUUCUAAUGGAAUCAUGGUUGUUUUAACUUGUAGAGAUGUAACUAAAGGUCUUGAAGCUGUUGAAAAACUCAAAAAUUCUAAUCAUGAGAAUGUGGUUUUUCAUCAACUUGAUGUUACGGAUCCAGUUACUACUAUGUCUUCUUUAGCGGAUUUCAUUAAAACACACUUCGGAAAGCUUGAUAUCUUGGUAAACAAUGCUGGGGUUGCAGGUUUUUCAGUUGAUGCUGAUCGUUUCAAGGCAAUGAUAAGUGACAUUGGAGAGGAUUCAGAGGAGCUCGUGAAGAUCUACGAAAAACCAGAAGCCCAAGAAUUAAUGACAGAGACAUAUGAAUUAGCAGAAGAAUGUCUCACAAUAAAUUACUACGGUGUUAAAUCGGUAACCGAAGUUCUAAUUCCUUUACUUCAACUAUCCGAUUCACCAAGAAUUGUCAAUGUUUCAUCAUCCACGGGAAGCCUCAAGUAUGUAUCCAAUGAAAAAGCUCUAGAGAUACUUGGAGAUGCUGAUGCAUUAACGGAAGAGAGAAUUGACAUGGUAGUGAAUAUGCUUCUUAAGGAUUUUAAGGAAAAUUUGAUCGAAACAAAUCGGUGGCCUAGUUUCGGAGCUGCAUACACAACAUCAAAAGCAUGUUUGAAUGCGUACACAAGGGUGUUCGCAAAGAAAACUCCCAAAUUUCAGGUCAAUUGUGUUUGUCCUGGUUUGGUUAAAACAGAAAUGAACUACGGCAUUGGAAAUUACACUGCCGACGAAGGUGCUAAACAUGUAGUCAGAAUAGCUCUUUUCCCCGACGAUGGACCUUCUGGUUUUUUCUAUGAUUGUUCAGAACUAUCUGCAUUUUGAGUUAUAUCGGUUCAGCGUAUCGUGCAGCAGCCAAAUGAAUAAAAAUGGCAUCAGCUGUUUGCUGGCACUGUCCUAUCUACUGAUAGCUUUAUCCCUUUGCUUCUGUUUUUAGCUUGUUUUGAGUGAAGGUCCAGAGGAUCAAUCCAUUUCUAAUGUAUUGAAUCUUUAUUAGGAUGACAAAUAAUAAAUCAGCUUGAGAUUUGCGUGAGA